CAAGGUCAGGAGAGAGCCCCGCCGUUCAUGGGAGACGGGGGCGAUGAGCCCUGAGGACGAAGAGGAAGAGGAGGCGGGCAGGCUGCCCCUGGCGUUUCACCUGAGGGAUACACAGGAGGUGUUCUGAGGAGCUUGGGAACAGGCUCCGGGGAGGGGGCUUGCCCUGCUCUGCCCCCCCUCCCCUCCAGCCUUAACUCCUUCUUUCCAGCUCCCGUCUGCGCGUGUUUCUGGGAGGGAGAGCGAGAUCUGUUUCUUCGUCAUCCCGGCCAAACUCGCGUUCCCCCCUGACCUGGGUGAUGUGUGCCGAGUGGCGGGGAUUGCUUCCAUCCUCGCUAGAUCUGCUGGAGGAACUGGGUUAAUCUCUCCUGGCCCGGCUCUCCGGAGAUCCGGCUGCGGAUGAGCUCCGUGGCGAAGAUGCUGGAUCCUCUGGGGAAAGUCCUGCGCAGGAUGGGAGGCUCUCCCACGUUCCUCGGCGCCUGGAGACCCGCUUCGGGGCCCCCCUGCUGUCCCUCGACCACCUUGGAUAUGAAUAACUGGCUGCUCUUCUAUGGAUUACUGUACCUGGUGCUGUAUGCUCAAGUCUCCCAGUCUAAGCCCUGCGAAAGGACCUCCUGCUUCUCGGGUCGAUGUGUCAAUUCCACCUGCCUCUGUGACCAAGGCUGGGUAGGAGAUCAGUGCCAGCACUGCCAAGGCAGGUUCAAGUUAACUGAACCUUCUGGAUAUUUAACAGAUGGACCAAUAAAUUACAAAUACAAAACUAAAUGUACAUGGUUAAUUGAAGGAUAUCCCAAUUCAGUUUUACGAUUAAGAUUUAAUCAUUUUGCCACAGAAUGUAGUUGGGACCAUAUGUAUGUUUAUGAUGGAGAUUCAAUAUAUGCACCUUUAAUAGCUGUAUUUAGUGGUCUUAUAGUUCCCGAAGUACAUGGGAAUGAAACCGUACCUGAAGUAGUUACUACAUCGGGCUAUGCAUUGCUACACUUUUUUAGUGAUGCUGCUUAUAAUCUAACCGGAUUUAAUAUUUUUUACUCGAUUAAUUCAUGUCCCAAUAAUUGCUCAGGGCAUGGAAAAUGCACAACUAGUAGCUCAAUUCCAAGCCAAGUGUAUUGUGAAUGUGACAAGUAUUGGAAGGGAGAAGCCUGUGAUAUUCCUUAUUGUAAAGCUAACUGUGGAAGUCCUGAUCAUGGCUACUGUGACUUGACAGGAGAGAAACUGUGUGUGUGCAAUGACAGCUGGCAAGGUCCUGAUUGUUCUUUGAAUGUUCCUUCCAUGGAAUCAUAUUGGAUUCUACCUAAUGUAAAACCAUUUAGUCCAUCUGUAAGCCGGGCUUCUCAUAAGGCAAUUCUGCAUGGAAAGUUUAUGUGGGUGAUUGGUGGAUAUGCAUUUAAUUAUAGUACAUUCCAGAUGGUACUAAACUAUAAUUUGGAAAGCAGCAUCUGGAAUGUAGUCCCUGUAUCCAAAGGACCUCUUCAGCGAUAUGGACACACUAUUGCUUUAUAUCAGGAUGACAUUUACAUGUAUGGAGGCAAAAUUGAAACAAAUACUGGGAAUGUCACUGAUGAAUUAUGGAUUUUCAACAUACCCAGUCAGACUUGGAGCACCAGAACUCCUGCUGUGCUUGUUCAUGGUCAGCAAUAUGCAGUUGAGGGUCAUUCUGCACACAUAGUGGAACUGGAUAACAGGGAAGUUGUCAUGGUCGUGAUCUUUGGUUACUCUGUGAUAUAUGGUUACACGAGCAGUGUGCAAGAAUACUAUAUCAGGACAAGUUCUUGGCUUGUGCCAGAAACAAAAGGAGCAAUUGUACAAGGUGGAUAUGGCCAUACAAGUGUCUAUGAUGAUACAACGAAAUCAAUUUAUGUUCAUGGCGGAUACAAAGCAUUGCCUGGUAAUAAAUACGGAUUGGUUGAUGACCUUUACCGAUAUGAAGUUAACACAAGGACAUGGACAAUUUUGAAAGAGAGUGGCUUUGCAAGAUAUCUCCAUUCAGCUGUCUUGAUCAGUGGAGCAAUGUUAAUUUUUGGUGGGAACACUCAUAAUGACACUUCUCUGAGCAAUGGUGCAAAAUGUUUUUCUGCUGAUUUCUUGGCCUAUGACAUUGCUUGUGAUGAAUGGAAGAUUCUUCCUAAACCUAAUCUUCAUCGGGAUGUCAACAGAUUUGGUCACUCCGCAAUUGUCAGCAAUGGGUCUAUGUAUAUAUUUGGUGGCUUUUCAAGCAUUCUGUUGAAUGACAUCCUUGUGUACAAACCUCCAAACUGUGAAGCAUUCAGAGAUGAAGAACUCUGUAAAGCUGCAGGACCAGGUUUAAGGUGUUUAUGGAACAAAAAUCACUGUGUGUCAUGGGAAUCUGGACAUGCUAAUAACAUUCUUGGGGAAAAGUGUCCUAGAAAAAUAGCUGCAGCAGAUGACAGAUGUUACAGAUAUGCAGACUGUGCCAGCUGCACUGCCAAUACAAAUGGCUGUCAAUGGUGUGAUGACAAGAAGUGCAUUUCAGCAAACAGUAACUGCAGUGUGUCAGUGAAAAACUACACCAAAUGCCAUGUCAGAAAUGAGCAGAUCUGCAAUAAGCUGACUAGCUGUAAAAGUUGUUCGCUAAACCUCAACUGUCAGUGGGACCAGCGACAGCAGGAAUGCCAAGCUUUGCCAGCUCAUCUAUGUGGAGAAGGGUGGAAUCAUGUUGGAGAUGCCUGCCUCCGUAUAAACUCUAGUCGUGAAAACUAUGAUAAUGCCAGACUUUACUGCUAUGGCUUAAAUGGGAUUCUUGCUUCAUUAACAACAUCAAAGGAAGUAGAGUUUGUUUUGGAUGAAAUACAGAAGUAUACUCUCCAGAAAAUCUCACCUUGGGUGGGUCUACGCAAGAUCAACAUCUCCUACUGGGGAUGGGAUGAUAUGUCUCCCUUUACGAACACCACAUUACAGUGGCUUCCUGGAGAACCAAAUGACUCUGGAUUCUGUGCCUAUCUUGAAAGAGCUGAGGUUGCAGGUCUGAAAGCAAAUCCAUGUACUGCCAUGGCUGAUGGUCUUGUAUGUGAGAAACCUGUUGUUAGUCCAAAUCAAAAUGCUAGACCCUGCAAAAAACCAUGCUCCUUAAGGACAACGUGUUCCAACUGCACAAGCAGUGGCAUGGAGUGCAUGUGGUGUAGCAGCACAAAACGUUGUGUCGACUCAAAUGCCUACAUAAUCUCCUUUCCAUAUGGACAGUGCCUAGAGUGGCAGACUACCACCUGUUCUCCUCAAAACUGCUCUGGCUUGAGGACUUGUGGGCAGUGUCUGGAGCACCCAGGAUGUGGAUGGUGCAAUGAUCCCAGUAACACAGGCAAAGGCCAUUGUGUGGAAGGAUCUUCAAGGGGGCCAGUGAAGUUUAGCGGGGUGCAUUCUACAGAAAUGGCUCUAGACAACAAUCUUUGCCCCAAAGAGAAAAAUUAUGAAUGGUCCUUUAUCCAGUGUCCAGCUUGUCAGUGCAAUGGACAUAGUACUUGUGUCAGUGGCAAUGUUUGUGAUCAGUGCAAAAACCUAACUACAGGGAAACAGUGUGAAACCUGCAUGCCAGGAUAUUAUGGAGACCCCACUAAUGGAGGACAAUGCACAGCUUGCACAUGCAGUGGACAUGCAAAUAUUUGUCACAUGCAAACAGGAAAGUGUUUCUGCACAACUAAAGGGAUCAAAGGAGACCAGUGUCAACUGUGUGAUUCUGAAAACAGGUACCUUGGUAAUCCACUCAGGGGAACAUGUUACUAUAGCUUACUGAUUGACUACCAGUUUACAUUCAGCUUAUUACAAGAAGAUGAUCGCCAUCACACUGCCAUAAACUUUAUUGCAAAUCCUGAACAGUCAAAUAAAAAUUUGGACAUAUCUAUUAAUGCAUCAAACAACUUUAACCUGAAUAUCACUUGGUCCAUUGGCUCUACAGCUGGAACAAUAUCUGGAGAAGAGAUUCCUGUAGUUUCAAGGGCUAAUAUCAAGGAAUACAGAGAUAGUUUUUCCUGUGAAAAGUUCAACUUCAGGAGCAACCCUAAUAUCACUUUCUAUGUAUAUGUCAGCAAUUUUUCAUGGCCAAUCAAAAUACAGAUUGCAUUUUCACAACACAACACCAUCAUGGACCUGGUACAGUUUUUUGUUACCUUCUUCAGUUGUUUCUUGUCGCUGCUAUUGGUGGCUGCUGUGGUCUGGAAAAUUAAACAAACCUGCUGGGCUUCUCGACGGAGAGAGCAACUUAUGCGGGAGCGACAGCAGAUGGCCAGCCGUCCCUUUGCUUCUGUGGAUGUAGCACUUGAAGUAGGAGCUGAGCAAACAGACUUUCUACGAGGGUCAUUAGAGUUCCAGGGUUCGCCAAAACCAAUUGCCAUUGAACCUUGCUCAGGAAACAAAGCAGCGGUACUUACUGUAUUUUUAUGCCUACCAAGAGGAUCAUCAGGCGUCCCACCACCUGGUCAGUCAGGAUUGGCAAUUGCAAGUGCACUGAUAGACAUUUCACAGCAGAAGCCCUCAGAAUGUAAAGAUAAGAGCUUGGGAGUCAGAAAUCGAAAGCAUCACCUUUCAACACGUCAAGGGACUUGCGUCUGAGAGUCAGAGAAUGCAUUUGUAUAUUCUGCAAUGUUUUUUUCUUUCUUUUUUAAAGAGCUUCUGUUGUAAGCUAAAUUACAGCCUCAGUUUUUGUGGAGGCAACCUCUGAAUGGCAGUAAGGAUGACGGUAAGACACACCAGGCAGAUGGAUUAACAGCUCCUUCCAGCUGUGCCCUCAAACCUGAUCAUCCUGAUGGGCAAAUGUGAAUAUAUCCGAUGAACUUCAGGAAAAGGUUCUGACAUUGGUAAUGACAGAAAAAACAACUGUUGUUACCCAUAUCAGGAAAAAAUAUUGGGAAGAGACUGUACAUUGUUUUAUAGCAAGGAAAUAUAUCAUUGAAAAUUAAAGUAAUUCUAAAGGACUCAUUAUAUAGCUAGAAGUAAUGGGUUAUUCAGUUUCUCAGCUUGAUCAGCAUUAAGAUACACACACUUAAAGAAAGCAGGAAUUUGCUUUAUUAGAGAUAUAAAUAUUAUUAUCAAUGCCCAGAUAUGACAGCAGAAUUUAAACUAGGUGGUAAGCAGUUAAGGGAAAAAAUGCUUCAGUGAGACAAAUAUAACAAAAACACAUUUAUUUCAAUGACUAGAAACCUACAUUUAUGCAAAUCAAGGAGUUCUGCCUUCCAAAGGACCUACAACUGUCUGAGAUAAAGCAGGAUGAAGAACGGACUUUAAAAUCUACAACAUAAGAAUUCAGAAUGGGGAAUGCAGCAAAAAGUCCAUGCCUGACUUCCUUGCCAGCCAACUGACUCAUUAUAAGAGCUGAUUGAGCAUGGAAAAGCCUGACCAGCAGCCAAGAUCCACUUUUUUUUUUUUUUGGGCAGCAGCCAUUUUUAAAAUUGCAAAGCUCAGGAGGGCAAAAUUGCAAAACGUUUUAUUCCUGUGCAGAAGUACAUUUGAUUCCAUCUCACUAAUGUCACAACAAAGGCCAAUGUCAAAUGUAGUUUUAGGAAUAACAUCCAUUAAUUCCAAUAGACGUAUGCAUAUUCAGUCUGGGAACAAAUUUUGCAGCCUUAAAAUCAUUGCCAUAAUCACUGUUGCCCUGAUGUUGGCCUGGCCACAUUGACUUGUUUAUCAAAACUGUUACAAGUAAGUCUCGUCCUCUUAAUAGAAGAUGCAAAGUUCUUCCUAUUCAUUCCACAUUUUUAAAAGUCCCGUGUCCCUGACCUUAGGAGCACUUUUGUUGGUUAGGGCUCUUGAAAUGGCAUUUCUGUGUGGACAGGCACAAAGCUGCCAUAUACUGGCCAAAAGCUACGUGGAAAUUGUCUAGAGAUCUGAAAGGAAAAUGAUCAACUAUCAAGCAGCUCCCCUGCUUUGUAUUAUUUACAUAGAAUUAGAUCCACUGCAACCCUUCCACUGAAGGAGGAGACCUUCCAUAUGCAGAACAGCUCUUCCUGUUCAGGAAAGGGCCUACAGUCUGGCAGAGACAACCACUGAUAGAGGGCCAUGGCAUUUCUGGACACUUUUUCUUUUCGUCUUCCAUCUCCCACACAACCUGCUGUUGUUAUGUUGUUAUGGGGAGUCCCCAAUCCUCUGAAACAGCCCUCUGAGUAUGAGGGGGACCCUGCCCAUGAAUCUGUGGAUCCCACCCAUUGAUCUGGUUCACACAAUCAAAAGAAACAAAGUAGCCCAUUACAUUUAGUGGGAAAGUCAUGGAUAGAGGAUGGCAGCAGAUUAACUACAUGGAUAUUUUGACUCAAACUCCUUAAACCAGACAUUAAGCGAGAUUAGUGCAACUUAAGUACUUAACGCUCCUAUUUAAUCUCAUUCAUUUCAGUGGAUCUAAGUGUACACUUUUUAAAAAGUUGGUCUGCACCCAAAAUGGCCAAUUACACCAUCCAGAUUACAGAUUACAUAGCCUGGUCGUCUCGCAGAGCUUCCUGGGAAGGGCAAAAUAGCAGUUCUUAGUUUACAGAGCUGCCAAUAUGUGAAUUGGCCACAGUGGUAUAAACUCGUACCUAUGUGGUGGACGUGUGGCAAUUAUGAAAGCUAUACAAAUGUAAUUGCUCUUUACUGUUAUACCUGCAUUUUUCAUGUUUGUUUUGUUUCAGGAAGGGGAAGACAUUUCACUGUUUACACUUUGACUACAUAGUUACUUGCAUGCCAAGGUGGUGCAGUAGCAGUAAUAAUGCCCUGUUUGUGAGUUGAUAGUGUUUCUUUUGUAAUAUCAUUUAACUACUUAAUUUGGAUGAGGACUGAAUGUAUGCAAAAGAAAGAAAUUAAAUGCAUUAAAAGGAACUGAUGUACAGUAUGUAGUUCCCUCUCAUCCAAGAUCAUUUGGUUACAUUUGAUCAUGAUUGCUCUACUGUUUUGAUUAGUUGCACAUUGAAAAAUUAUGCUGGCAUGAUUGUUGGAAUAUUUUCACAUCUCGAAAGGAGACUAAUCCUUAUGCUAAAGUUAUGUUGUCACAGUGUGAUAAUUUUUGUUGACUGUUAUUACCUCACUUUGUUAUUAUUCUAAAGCAAAGGACCCAGUUUCGCAAGGACUUACAUGUCAGUAAGUCUACUUACCAGACAUUAUUUACAUGUGAGCUCUUCCAGAAUUAGGGCAAAAAAUGUCCAAAAUUAUCAAUUACUGAACUUUUGUAAUUCUGACAAGGGUCCUUAUGUGUUUUGUUUAAAAAAAAAAUAAAGAAAACCCUCCUAUCAUUGUAAUGUUGAUUUGCUUAAAAUGUCAUUAGAAUUGGCAUGUAUGAUGAGUAAGAUGAUUAUCUGAAGAAAGACAAAAGAGAAAUAAAAGACAUGGCUGUACAUUU